AUGCCCGACCUGAAUCUACGAAUCUUCGACGCAUGCAUCGUGGACCCGACGAACAACUCCAUGCCGGGGCAGAUCAUGUCUGCAGCGGCCAACUGGGCAUCGCGGCUCCACUGCAGGAGCUGCGGGGCCCCCGCGCCCGUCUCCGUGCGGCAGCGGGCCGUGGAGGCGGCGGCAGGCCCGUCCCCGUCUGCGGCGCGGCCGCCCAGGACCGCGACGCCCAAGGCCAAGGCGGGCGCCAAGGCCAGCGCCGAGGCGGAGCCCAAGCCGGCGGCGGCGGCCGCAGGGGCGCCCUGGGUGCACGGCGGCGGCAAGCCUCGGCGCGUGCGCUUCCGCGAGGCGGAGGUCGUCGAGGUCGGGGAGGACGACGAGCCCGACCAGCUGGCCGCGGCGCUGCGGCUGCUGGAGGAGCGCGGUGUCCAGCUGGACGAGGAGGCGCAGAGGAAGCUGGGCGUCGGCAGGCAGGCCGACCCUGGCAAGGCGGCCCCAGAGGCGCCCAAGUCGCACCAUGCGACGGUGCAGAGCGCCAUGUGGAAGGUCAAGAACACGGCGGGCAAGCUCGAGCGGGCUCAGCAGAGCCUGGAGGCCGCUCAGGAUGCUUUGGCGGACGCCCAGCUGGCGGUGGACAAGGCUCAGCUCGACCAGCGCGCGCAGGACGUUGACAGGCUGGCCCAAGCCACCCUCGGCGCGAGGUACGCCGCCGAGCUCAAGGACCACUUCGAGGGCGAGGAGGCCGUCCAGGUCACCCAGGCCAUCGAGCUCUUCUCAAGGCUCGCCGCCUCGAGCAAGGCCCGCAUCGAUGCGGCCGAGCGGGCGGCGGAGGAGGAGGGCGACGACUUCGCCGCCAGAAUGGAGGCCCUCGACGGGGCCAAGCGAGCCGAGGUCGAGCGCUUCCUCGAGUCGCACGGCUGCUCCUUGCCCAAGCGCUUGCGCCUCCCAGCGGGCUCCGCUGCAGGCAAAGGCGCGGCCGAGGACGUCGAGGCCGCCGAGCUGGACGAGUCCUGCGACCAGGGAGGAGUUCGCGCGUGCUACGACGAGGACUGGGCGGCGGUCGUCCAUUCCUUGAAGGGCGACGUGCUGGACUCGCCCCCGUGCGCCGCCACGGAGAGCGAGCCCGAGCCUGCAGGGCAGGCUGGCGGCGCAGGCCAGAGGCAGACUGGCGAGGGGGCGGCGGAGAGCGCGGCCGAGGUCGAGAGGCUGGGCCCUGCUGCUGGGCUCGAGGGCGACCUGGGGGGAGACGGCACGAGGCGCCCAGCGGCUGGCGGAGAUCAGUCUUGGCGUGGGGGCGCUGGGGCGAGGCAAUCACAGUCGUUGGGGUCUGGUGAGGCCCCUCAGGCCGCGGGCAGCUGGCCUCGGACCCUGGACGAGCUCUACGCCAGCUUCGCGGCGUUGCUCGAGGAGGACUUGGGCGGCCUCUUCGACAUGGAGCAGGAGGACCUGAUGAAGUGCGCGGGGCGCGGCGAGCCCGCCCGCUUUCAGGAGGGCACCGUCAGCGCCAGCAGGGAGCUGACCGCGCUGGCGCGGCUGCAGGCCAAGCUCGGCAAGCUGGCUGCGCAGGACCUGGUCGGCGACAUCGGCCUGAACGAGGUACUGUGCCACGAGGUGGUGGACGUGCUGCUGGCCGAGCUCGCCGAGGCGGCGACGCCCGACGCAGCGACGGGCGAGGUGCUCCCGCCGCAGGUUAGCGCCAUGGUGCCCCUGCACGGCUUCGCUGGCUGGAUCUUGGACACCCAGGCGUGGGAGGACUGCGGCCUGGAGCCCCCGCUUGCGGAGGCCGUGCGGCGCGCCGCGCAGGGCGCCGCCGGCUUCGGGGCCGACCGCGAGGUCACCAUUGUGGACGAGGACGGCGACGAGGUGACCUUCUCCCUGGAGCCCGCGUCCUCGGCCGGCGUCGGCGGCCUGCAGGUCCGCGUGGGCGCCGGUGCCUCCCGCCGCGUCUCGAAGCUGGCGCUGGCGGGCGGCGGCCGCAGCCUCCGCUUCGCCGCGGGCGCCGGCGGCGACGCGCUGGAGGUCACGGUGGCGGAGGAUGCGGCCGCCCAGCUGCGGCUCGUGUCGCGCAUGGGCGACGCGGCUGGGCUGCUGCCGGCCGCGGCGCGCGAGGGCGUGCUGCGCCUGGGCUACCGGUACGUCACCCGCCGCGGCCCCGACGGCCGGGCCGCCGACCCCGCGGUGCACUUCCACCUGCUGUGCGGGGGCGCCCUGCGUGCCCUCCACUGGCGCGCGGACGAGUCUCCGGCGGGCCUCGCGAGGGGCCUCGGCGUCGCGGCGAGCUUCGCCUACCAGGUGCACAGCCUGCAGCGCGCCACCCUGCCGGUCGCCGUGCGGCUGCCCGCCGGCCCCGACGGCGCGCGCCCGGCGGACAGCGGGGGCGCCAGGAUCUGCCUGGCGCCGCUGCUGCUGGCGGGCUCCUCCGAGGACCACUCCGCGGCUGGUGGCAGCGGCGCCUUCCGCGGCCGGCCCGCCUGGGUCGUGGCCGCGGGCACCGACCGGGUCGGCGUGGCAGGCCUCCACAAGUGGGAGCUGCGCAUCUCCACCGACGCGCCCGUGCUGAGCCGGCCGAUGCUGGAGCGGCUGCGGCCUUUGAGCCUCACCCUGGAGGCCGUGAGGGGGCUGCCGAACGAGCCCGAGCUGGCGGAGGCCUGCGACGACGUGUACCUGGAGGUGUACCCGCACCUGAGCGCCACCACCCAGGCGCUGGCCGAGGAGUGCCCGCGCGUGCGGACGGCGAGCAGGCCGCACAACAGGGACAUCCACUUCGGGGACCAGCUCGUCUGGUUCCUCGGCCGCGCCCAGCCCGAGGUCGUCCGCUCGUGGAUGGCGCACGAGGACACCGUCUGUGCAGCUGCUGCAACCCUUCGUUUGCUGCGCAUGGAGGAGGAACAAGUAUGUUGGAUGGUCGAUGACGGAGUGGAGCAAUACAGGUGA